UAAGAAUUAUUUCAACGAAAUAGCUCCGAGGCAACGUAACCAUAACAGCACCAAAGCAUCAAACAGUCCAAGAUGGCGAGUAAAGGAACAACCAUUAAGGAGGCCUUGUCAAAAUGGGAGGAAAGAAAAGGUGAAAAAGCCUCUGGCGGAGUUCAUUUGGAAUUAUUUGGACAAUAUCCACCCGUUGAAAAGAUGGAUGCUUCUUUGUCAACCUUAUCCUGCUGCGAGAAACUGUCUCUUUCCACAAAUUGUAUAGAGAAGAUAGCAAAUUUGAAUGGUCUGAAAAAUUUGAAAACCUUGUCCUUGGGAAGAAACAACAUAAAAUCUUUAACUGGUUUGGAGGCAGUUGGAGAUACACUUGAGCAGCUUUGGAUUUCAUACAACUAUGUGGAAAAACUAAAAGGAAUCAAUGUUCUGAAGAAACUAAAGAUUUUAUAUAUGUCAAACAAUUUGGUGAAAGAUUGGGGAGAAUUCAAUAAGUUGUCUGAGCUUCCUGGGCUGGAACAGUUGGUGUUUACAGGCAAUCCUUUGGAGGAAAAGCAUUCAGCAGAAGGAGACUGGGUUUUAUCCGUGUCAAAGAGACUGCCGAAACUCAAGAAAUUAGAUGGAUCUCCCAUCAUUCGAGAUGACGACGAGGAGGAAGGAUGAGGAUUCCAAUAUGGAACAAAAAAUUGGAUUUGGCAUUACUGUUAUUCAGGCCAAAUUGGACAAGACUGUAUCAUCAUUUUAUGACUAUUCACAGUUCCACCUGUGUCAAGAGUUCUAGGUGAUCUGGAUUGGACUUAAUGACACAUUCCCCUUUACUGGGUACAUCUUAUAUGCCGAACAAGUCAAUUGGAGAUAUUUCUUAUCACAUUUAGCAUUUUAAUGUCUGUGAAACUAACAAACAUAUCUUAUAGCUCACAGAUAUUUGAUUGCAUGUAUGCAUGUACAUGUAUUUGAUGGUAAUUGCUUUACAGUUUUGUUUUGAAUGAAAAAACAGUGAGGAACAGAAGUGCUUUAAACAUCAGUGGCUUCAGCAUUUUCUCCUGACAAGAGGUCCAGCUUAUUAUUUAUUAUAAACUUCAAUAAAGAAGUAAAAUUUGUCA